GGAACACGCUUAACAACGGAGCUACUCACCACUACUACUACUACCACUACGGUACCUGGGAAGGUCGCCUGUAAACAUACGGUCCUGUUUUCUCUGCUGGAAACACGAUGCGGCUUGUAACAUAAUACAUAGAAAAAACUCGGACAGUUUAUUUGGUUACUUCGUUACUUAAUGUAGUUACCUAAACGGUGAAGAUGGCUAGCCUGUUUUUAUGGACACUGCAGAUGUAGGGGAAAACAUGCACAAGUUGGAGGAGACACCAUUAAAAGGCUGAAUUCUCAUCAUUCCUCACCUGUCUUAUCAGCAUCACUUUGUCAGCAUGGAUUUCCCUUUUUAUCUGCAUGAAGGCAGAAGUUGCAAACCACUAAUCUGGAUACUCAUCCCAACCUAACUUUCUUUCUGGAUUCUUACUGGACAAUACGGACAAUGUGCUGGAAUAUUCAGAGCGUUUUUGUAUCUAAGUUAAUGCAUAUUAUUAAAUGGUGAGGUGAACUCAAAAGAGACCACCCUCAUCUUGGCACUUGCGCCAUGUCAUCACCUCCCAUAAUCCCAUUUGUCCCCUGUGGGGUGCUGCUUGCUUGUGCAUUUACUGUUCUCUGCGCUCUGGACAGUAUUCCUCGGAAGAGCAUCCCAUAUGAAAGUAGCCAUUUGAAAGUGUUUCGAGAUGAGGGUAUUUGGAAUUACUCCUCCAUGCUGAUGAGAGAGGACUUGGGUCUUCUGAUACUGGGAGCCAGAGAAGCCAUCUAUGCCCUUGACAUUAAUAACGUCUCUAUUGCUAGGGCUAAGGCAAGCUGGGAAGUCACACAGGAGAAACGGAAUGAGUGCACCUACAAAGGAAAGCAUCCUGAUAUUGAAUGCCGAAACUACAUAAGGACACUGCAUCAAAUCAACGACACGGCCAUGUACGUCUGCGGCACAAACGCUUUUAAUCCAGUCUGUGAUAACAUUGUCUACGUUGACAGACAGCUGAAACUGCAGGGUAAACAGGAGGAAGGGAAGGGGAAAUGUCCCUUUGAUCCCUUUCAGAGGUACUCCUCCAUCGUUGUUGAUGGAGACCUGUACUCUGCCACUGUCCUUAAUUUCCUGGGCUCUGAGCCAGUCAUCCUCCGCAGCUCUCAGACCACACUGCGCUCUGAAUUCAAAAGCUCCUGGCUCAAUGAGCCCACCUUUAUCUACAUGGACGUGGUCCCAGAGAGUGUUGACAGUCCUGAUGGGGAUGAUGACAAGAUCUACAUGUUUUUCAGUGAAAAUGCAGUAGAAUAUGAUUUCUACAGCAAGCUCAUAGUGUCUCGUGUUGCUAGAGUCUGCAAGAGUGAUCGGGGUGGUCAGAGAACCCUGCAGAGGAAAUGGACCUCUUUCCUGAAGGCUACUCUAGACUGCCCUGUUCCUGGGAACAUUCUACCAUACGUAGUACAGGACGUCUUUCACGUCCGCCGUGACGAGUGGAGGGAAAGUGUCUUUUAUGCCAUUUUCACUUCACAAUCAGCCUCAGACGAUGUUUCUUCAGCAGUGUGCGCAUAUUCUGUGUUCAACAUUAACAAGGUGUUCUCUUACGGAAAGUAUAAAACACCAGUAUCUGUAGAGGGUUCUCACGUCAAGUGGGUCAUGUACACUGGAGAUCUUCCUGUUCCUAGACCAGGAGCAUGCAUCAACAAUGCAGCGAGAGAUUCAAAAAUCCAAAGCUCUCUGGACCUUCCGGACAAAACCCUCCAGUUUAUCCGAGAUCGGCCGCUCAUGGACGACAGCGUGAAGCCUCUCACUGGCAAACCUCUGCUGUUCAGGAGAGGGAUUUCGUUUACUCGAAUCGUGGUUGACCGCACGGUUGCUCUGGAUGGACAACCUUACCUGGUUAUGUUCAUUGGUACAGACAAUGGCUAUGUGCAGAAGGCAGUGAACUACGAUGGGGAGAUGCACAUCAUUGAGGAAUUACAGCUGUUUAAAAGCCCUGAGCCAAUUAGUGUCCUGCGGCUGUCUACAAGCAUGGGCCAGCUGUAUGCGGGUACAGCGUCUGGUGUGGUGCAGAUGCCUGUGGCUGACUGCAGCCGCUACUCAUCAUGUCUGGACUGUGUUCUCGCCAGAGACCCGUACUGUGCCUGGGACCUGAGCACUCAGCACUGCACCAGCUUACCCAACCCAUCUAAAGAUGAUGAUCUGGUACAAAGUUUAAAAGAGGGUGAUCCUGCUCGCUGUCCUGACCCAGGCCCAGUAAAAGCAAAGAACAGAACCCUUGUCCUAGGAAACAACAUCAAGCUGCCUUGCCAAAAAGACUCAACUUUGUCUGAGGUCAAAUGGAGUUUCGCUAAACAGCCGCUGAACCCAUCCAGCAGAAGGUACAGUAUAUACAGUGAUGGACUUCUCAUCUACAACGCUUCAGCCGCUGACGCCGGCAGCUACACCUGUGGUUCAGUGGAGCAGGUGCUCGGUAAACAGUACUACAGAACACUGGCCGUUUAUGAGCUACAUAUCCCUGCCCCUGUAGAUGACAACAAAGACAAUACUACAGAUGGCAUAUCUACAACAGAACUUAUGACUACUGCUCCCAUUGCAGUGCUGCCAUCAGUUCCACAACCUCGGAGUACGGGGAGCAGCACUGUGGCUAUUGUGAUCGCUCUGGUUACGGUGUCUGGGAUGUUGGUGGGUUUGAUUCUGUGGAACUGCUACAAGGGCCAUCUGUCGUUGCACAGGCAGCAUCCCAUCAAGAAACCCAUGAUGCUGCCUCAGCAUGACUCUUCUCCAUACAUAAAGCAGCAAGACAGUGCUUCAGAAAGCACAGAACAGACUGAAGUGUUUCUCUAUCCAAAUAAUAUUCAAAGAAAUGGGACAAAUGCGAGUCCUUUGAAGUAUGUCAUGGAUGAGUCUGAGAUCUAAGGUCAUGUUGACAUUAUUCUGGACAUUAUUUCUGCGGUACUUCAGCUUUGGUUGCAAUAAAACUUUUUUUUAAGAGGGAUGACCCUCAGCAGAGCCCUUCAGGACUGGAAAGAAAUGAGGAAGCACCUUUGCAAACCAGUAUUGGCAUUAAUGCUGUUAUUUUUGCCACCCUCUGCAAAGAUCCUAGAUGUUUCAAACAUGUUGAGAAAGGGCAUUAAGAACUUUAAAAUUUCCACACAGUCUUAAAACUCGAUUUUUUUUUCGUAUAUUAUUCAUGCUGUACUCUUUGAGUCAUCAGUGUAUAUGAUACACCUAUUUUGUAACUAUAUACACACACUGCCCACUGCUGACCAGAUGCUGCCACUACUGUACUGCCACCGUCACAGAGAGAAUACAAACUGCUGAAACACACUGUAAAAUGUAUUUAAUUGGGGUUCUCUUGCUGUCGAUUAAGGCCCAUUAGUUUUGCUUUAUUUGUCUUUUGUUCUUUCAUUUUAGUUUUCAAUUUUUGUGAAGGUGGGAGUUACUGUAUUUUUUCAUGUUGUUUUAAAAUAUUGUUUUCUUCAUGAUCUACCUCUACCCAUUUUCUAACAAAGCAGCUCUUCCCACCCAGUUAUGUAAUUAUGUGUUUUGGCACCAUUCUUGUCUUAUCGCUUGAGUCGACUACUACUUACUGAGCAGUUGUUUUUUUUUUUUACAGUUACACUGGGAAAGGUAGACGAACUACAGUCUCUAAGUAUUGAUUGAUUAUUACUAAUAACUGCAUGCAGGGAAAUCUCUCAAAAUGCAUCUGCUUACUAUAUCAAAUCAAUAAUUAAUUUAGUAGCAUUUAAGUACAACACUGACAGUCUUCUGGUGAUCCUUGUUGUGUAUUGUUUGUUUUGAAGAGGGACAUGAUUAGCAAACUUUACUAUUAAUUAAAAAAUGAGAAUGGAUUAUAUUGUACAUUAAGUUAGGAUCACCUCAAUCUGUCAAACUAAAAGGUCAAACUAAUUCAAAGAGUAAUUCUGAUACAUACUCAGUUCAUUCGUGCAAGAUCAAACUUUUGGCAUAUUUUCAGUUAUACUGACUGAGUGAACAGAGUUGUUUUUCAAUUAAAUAUAGGUGUUUUUGGGCGUGCUUAUAUAUAAACAGUGCAACCAUGAUGAGUGAAAGAAGGAAAAAAAAAACAACACCUUUCCUUUUUGCUUCUAGCACUAUUAAUUUGCCUAUCGUGUGUGUCUCCUCUCCCCACUGCCCAUUUCACACAACCAUCAUUGUGUAGCCAUUCCCCCAGGCUAUCAGACACUACGUGGUCACUUGUAAUUUAUGUUGUGUUGUACUUGCCAUGCAUGAAUGUUGACAGGAAAGUGACCACUAAUUCAGAGUUCUGCAGCAUUUAUAAAAAUAACAAUUGUUCAUAUGUUUCAAUAUGUUUUAAAUGUUUUAUAUUAAUUGGUAGUAAAUCACUGUCUUAGCUGAGAGCAACUGUUUUUCUAUCUAAUUUACAUACUGUAAAACCUACCAAAGAGUACGAAGUGCUGGACGGGAUCCUAGAUGUACCGUUAGGUUCAGAAUAAAAGACUUAAAUAGGAAAACUACAA